UAUGCUAAGGAACAAGGAGAAUUAAUAAGAUCAAACAGGAGAUGCUCUAUCAAUGAGAGAGUGUAGGCUGUUACCUUAGAGCACCCUAAAUACUAGAACUGCUUGUAAUUGCAUAUUAUUAAAUGUUACAUUUGUAACAACUUUUUAUUCUCUACCUAGAUCAAGGAAUCCCAAGGGAAUUAGUUGCAGCACACAUAAGUAUAUUUUGAAGAAUGUCAUCAUUUUUAUUGUUUAGCAUUUCCAUGGUGACUUUGGUUAUUAUAGCCAAAAGCAACCCACUGGAUGAAGACAAAGUGAACAUGUUAGUGCUUUUACCUAAGAAUAAUUCCUAUAUGUUUUCAUUGAAUAGGGUCAAACCUGCUAUUGAGUAUGCAGUGAAAUCCAUACAGGAGAAUGAGACACUUCUGCCAGGCUUACGUUUCAAUGUCCAAUAUAAGGACUCAGAGUGUGGCAACCUGGCACUGUUCGGUUUAGUUGACACAGCCAUCCAACAGCAGAAACCUGAUGUGAUCCUUGGUCCUGCAUGCGAAUACGCAGCAGCUCCUGUGGCCAGGCUUGCAUCCCACUGGAACAUCCCAAUGAUCUCGGCUGGAGCACUUGCCAAUGGUUUCAAGCUGAAAGAAAGUGAAUACUCACACUUAACCAGAAUAUCUCCUGCCUACUCCAAGAUGGGAGAGAUGUUUCUUGCCAUGUUUCGUUACCACAACUGGAACAGAGCUAUGUUGGUGUACAGUGAUAACAAAAUGGAAAGGAACUGCUAUUUUACUAUGGAAGGGGUCCAUGAAGCCUUUUCUGCAGAAGGUUAUCACAUGUCCAUCUAUAGCUUUGAAGAGACCUCACAUUUAGAUGCUGAUGAAAUCGUGAUGUCCAUCAAAAAUAAAGAAAGAGUCACAAUAAUGUGUGCCAACAGCAACAAUAUAAGGAACAUUAUGUUAGCUGCACAUCGACAAGGAAUGACGAACGGUGAUUACGUGUUCUUCAACAUCGAACUCUUUAACAGCACAACUUAUGGAAAUGGCUUCUGGAAGAAAGAAGAUAAAUACGACCUUGAAGCUAAGCUAGCAUACUCAUCCCUGCAAACAGUUACUCUACUCAGGACAGUGAAACCUGAAUUUGAGAAGUUUUCCAUCGAGGUGAAAAGUUCUGUUCAAAAACUAGGAAUCAAUGAGGACGAUUACGUAAAUAUGUUUGUGGAAGGCUUUCAUGACGCAAUUAUCCUUUAUGCCCUGGCUUUACAUGAGUUACUGAAAAGUGGAUUGACAAAGAAGGAUGGAGAUAAACUGGUCCGUCAGAUGUGGAACAGAACCUAUGAAGGCAUUGCAGGGCAGGUGUCCAUAGAUUCGAGAGGAGAUAGAUACGGGGAUUUCUCUGUAAUUGCAAUGACAGAUGCUGAAGCAGGUACACAAGAGGUUAUUGGUGACUAUUAUGGUAUUCGAGGACAUUUUGAAUUACGGCCAAAUGUGAAGCUACCAUGGAUGCAUGGGAGAAUAAGAAUGGAAGAAACCAAAGUUAUGGAUCCACCAAAUACAACAACUUGUAAAUCAUCAGGUGGCCUUGGAGAGUCUGCUGUUACAGGAAUUGUAGUUGGCGCCUUUUUGGGAACAGGAUUGCUAAUGGCAUUCUAUUUUUUUAGAAAGAAAUACAGAAUAACCAUUGAGAGGAGGAAUCAACACGAUGACUGUAACAUUGGGAAACACAGACAACUCAGAGAAGAUUCUAUUAGGUCUCAUUUUUCUGCGGCAUAAUGAAUUACAGUACAACGUAUACUCUUGCUGCUGAGCUUUAGCAAGAUGCAACCAAAGACAUUAAUAUGCCAGAUGAGUCUCUUAAAGAGACCAUUCUCCAGUGUAGUAGAAUCAUAUUCUUUUUGAUUUCUUUCCAAAUCUCAGGAAUGAUUUAUUGAUCAUGUUAUGGUCUUUCAUCUCAUGAAAAAGGGACUUAGCUUCACUUCAAAUUAUGAUUUGGAUUUUUAGAGAUCAAUGGGCACAUUUUAUCUGUUUAAUGAAAACCCUUUGCUAUUUUGUUUUGAGCAAUGGAAGCUACAUCAAAUAUCUUAUAUAUAUAUAUAUAU